AUGGCCAGAUCUAGUCGCUUCGUCUUCCUCCUAGCAUCUGUUUGUCUUCAUUUCCAUGCGACCGAGAUGCUUAGAAAAUCGCUGGGUGAGGUAUUGGUCAAGUUCUAUCCAUUUGCAGGGAGACUCGUCGUGGGGAGUGACGGGAAGAUGGUGAUGAGAUGUAGGAGAGAAGGUAACUUGUUCGUCGAAGGGAUGUCGGAGGAUGACGUUGGAAUGCUGGGCGACAUUAGCAUCAUCAAUUUGCCAACGCUGCGAAAACUCAUGAACAACAGCGAUGGAGCCCAAACCAUAUUGGAAAAAACCUUUGCCGACAGUGCGGAUUCUGUCGUUGGUAUUGGAUGGGAUGUCUUGAAGCGCUAUGUAAUUGUUCCCAUCGAACGUGGAUUCGGAUACGUGAUCUUCUCCAAGAGAUUCGCCAACCGUCUUCGGGGAGAAGUCCAGAAUCUGAAGAACGAGGUUCAGAGGGUCGAGGUUCUUGCGGAACAGGCUAGAAGCAAUGUUCGGAAAUUCAACGAUGUCUUCACGGCGUGGGAGGCAAAUGCUGGCAAGGCCUUGGAGGAGGCGCGAGAGCUGUUGGACGAGUUCGAAAAGGCGACCAAGACUUGCUGCUACGGGACUCUUCCUGACCCCAGAUCUCUUUACCAGUUCAGCAGGAAGGCUGAGGGCAAUAUCGAGGUCAUUAAUCAACUCACUCAAAAAUGCAACAGAUUCAACGGACUGGACAUCUCCUUCAUCGAUCCUGCUUUGGGGAGUGUCGCUGCCUCGAAUCCGGCCAGGAGAGAAGGCAAAGAUGUUGUUCAGUCGACCACUGCAACAGGUUCUGCUUCUUUUGUGUCAACGUCGAUGAAGCUUAGGGACGGUGGCGUCUUUGAAUCCAGAGCUUUGAUGAUACAGAACAUCAUGGACGCUCUUGCUGAUAACGGCAAUAGCGUGGUCGGGAUUUACGGGAUGGACAUCAAGAGGAUUCAAGAAGAGAUUGCACACAAGUUGGGCUUAAGUGACCUAAAGAAUGAAGAGUAUGUCAGCGUGCGAGCGGAACUCCUUCAGGGGAGGUUGAAAGUCGAGGAGAGGAACAAAAAGACGGUCCUCAUAAUACUAGACAACCUUUGGAAGGGGCUCGACUUGAAAUCAGUCGGCAUUCCUUGUGAACCUAACAACAAAGUCAUGGGAUGCAAGUUGUUGUUGACGUCGAGAGAUCGCGAUGUUUUACGAAGGGAUAUGGGCUGUGACAAGGACUUCCACCUUGGUGGGCUGAAGGAGGAAGAGGCAAAAAGAUUGUUUGAGAGGAUAGUUGGAGACAAAGUUCAUGAUGAUAAGUUCAAACCUUGGGUGGAAGUAGCACUCGACAAAUGUGCAGGUGUGCCUUUCUUAAUCAUCGCAGUGGCAAAGCGUUUUAAAGACGUCGGUUUAUUUGAAUGGAAGGACACUUUGAAAAAAAUCAAGAAGUUUAAAGAUAACAAAAUCAAUGACUUGAUAAAUCAGAUGUUGAAAUGGAGUUAUGAUAGAUUAGAAGAGGAUGAGAAGUCAUUAUUACAACUUUGUGUUGUUUAUGGUAUCUCCACGCCUUCUCUUGAAAAUUUGGUGAGGUACGGCGUCGGUUUGGGGUUAUUUGAAGAAGUUAGCAGCAUGGAAGACGCUAGGGAUAGGUUGAGCUCACAGAUUCGAACUUUUCAAGCCUCCUCCCUUUUGUUAGAUAGUGAAGAUGUGGAUGGUUUCAAGAUACAUGACUUGGUUUGUGAGUUUGUUGCCUCUGUUGCAUCAAAAGAUCACCCUCUUCUCGUGUUGAAAGAUAAAGAUAAGUCGAUAACAAAGUUGUUGAAAGACAAGCUUAAAAGUUGUAGAGCGGUAUGCUUUCGACACAUUGACAUGAAGGAGUUUCCUAAAGAAUUAGAUUGCCCCGAAUUACGCAUCUUUUUUCUUUUCACCAACGAUGAAUCUUUUGAGGUUCUAGAUUCAUAUUUCAACUCUAUGGAGAAACUCAUGGUCUUAACUCUUACUAGCAUACGUCUCGUUCAUUCGCCAAAGCCAUUUCAAUUCUUAGAGAACUUACAUACUCUAUGUCUUAAGUACCGUUCGCUAGAGGAUGUGGCCAUUCUUGGCAAGCUAAAAGGAUUACAAAUUCUUAGCAUUGUGGACUCUGAAAUUCAACGAUUGCCAAAAGAAAUUGGGCAACUAACACAGUUGAGGUUGUUGGACUUGAACUAUUGUUCACAUCUUCAGAUGAUUGAACUGGGUGUGCUUGGAAGAUUGAUCAAAUUGGAGGAGUUGUAUAUGAAGAAUAGCUUUAAUCAAUGGAAUCCUGUGGAGCAAACUCAACCAACUAAUGCUAGUCUGAUUGAGUUGAAUCACUUGAAGAAUCUUUGCACUCUACAUGUCUCCAUUCCUGAUCCAAGUGCACUCCUAGAGGACCUAAAUGUUGAGAAAUUUUCCAAGUUCAAUAUUAAUAUAGGUAAUGUGCAUCGCUGGCCAAGUGAAAAAGGAUCGAGCACAUUAAACCUCAAGUUGGAUCCAUUAAGCGAUAUUCUUCGGAAAGGAUGCAUACAAAGUAUCUUAGGCAAAAGUGAUGAUUUGUUUUUGGACGGGUUGAGCGAAAUUGAGCAAAGUAUCUGUGCGUUAUCUCAAAAGGAUUUUCUAGAAUUAAAGCAAUUACAGGUCAAGAAUAGUCCCUCCAUCCAUUACAUCCUCCAAUUGCCAUCCCACACAAAGUUCAAGAUGUUGGAGUCGUUAAUUCUUAAGAAUCUCAUCAACUUGGAGAAGAUAUCCAAAAAGAAUAUCACCUCAAAGUCCUUUAGUGCAUUAAAAGUACUACGAGUUGAAAGUUGUGACAAGAUGGAAGUUCUAUUUCCUCUUUUAGUGUUUCAUAACUUGCCAAAUAUCAAGAACUUUUUUGCUGUUGGAAGUAGUACAUUAGGCGACCAGGUUGGCACUGAAAUUGCAUUCUUCAAUGGGCAGCAGGUUGCAUUUCCUAACUUGGAGAAUUUAUAUAUCAAGGGCAUAGAUAACAUCAAGAUGAUAUGGCAUGAACCAAUUCAAGUGGAUUCAUUCUCUAAGCUAAAAUUGCUUUCAGUUAGUGAAUGCAAAAAGCUUGUGAACAUUGUACCUUCUUUCAUUCUAGGAUGGCUCUUGAGCUUGGAAACUUUGACGGCAAAAGGAUGUGAUUCCCUUGAAGUUGUUUUCAAACUCCAGCCACCAAAUCCUCUAGAUGGAAAGAGUGUUGCUUGUUCUCCACUAAAAGAGCUGAAGUUAGAUGACUUACCAAUGCUAAACUGUGUAUGGGAGAAGGAACUCUACCGUCAUAUUAAAUUCCAUUGUCUACGUUCGGUUACCCUUCGGAGAUGCGGUAGGCUUGCCUCUUUGUUUUUGACCUCAAUAGCCAGAGAUCUAAUCCAACUUGAGGAGUUGGAGAUCAAUCAAUGUAGCAUUGUGGAACUCAUCGAGAAGGAAGGACUAAGUGAGCUGUGCAUCAAUGUGGAAGCCAUAGAAUGCCCAAGUCAUGAGCUAAAAGUAGCAUCAUCCUUUCCUAGUUAUUUUCAGCAUAUGAAAACUCUAGAUGUGUCACUUUGUGAUGGGUUAUCAAAUAUGUUCACAUCAACAAUAGCUGAAAAUUUGGUGGGACUCACAAAAUUGAGGAUUAAAAAAUGUGAAAUAUUGACAAAAGUCAUUAGUGAUGAGGGAGGAAAUGAUGGGCAUGUAGUGACUUUCAGUCAAUUGAAGUAUAUGGAACUUGAUGGGUUGACUAGAUUGAGGUGUUUUAGCUCAAAUGGAUACACUUUGAUGUUCCCUCUCUUGGAAGAUAUCAUUGUGAAUAGAUGUCCCCAGAUGAAGUUCUUCCACAAUGGACAAAUAGAGGUGCCAAAGCUAAAGGGAGUAAAAGUAGGUUUGAAUGAAGGGUAUGAAGCGACAAAGUGCCAGUAUUUUUGGAAGGGAAACCUCAACAUGACCAUCCAAAAUAUGUUGGAAGAAAUGGCUACGUUUGCUGGGACUAAGUAUAUGCAGUUGCUUGAGUUCCCGAGCUGA